AUGUUUCAAGCGGGGGAGUUGAUAUCGGGGUGGACGGAGGUUGGGCGUGUAUCGAAUGAUGUGUCACGUACCCUGCGGCAGAGAGAAGGGAAUGCAGUACUGAGGGAUCGGGCGGUGCAGUGUCGUGUAGUGUGGGAGUUGCAAUGUGCUUUGAGGGAAAGGGUAUCGGGAAUGGAAGGGAGCCCGAGCAGUAUGGUAGCGGUGGCGCUUUGCAUGGUCAGUUUUCCGUCGCUGGUUGUGAUGAAGACAGAAGAAACGAGCGAGGAAAUCGGUGACACGGAUGUCCGGGCAAGCGAGGCAGGGGGGGUGGCAAUCUCGGAAAAUCGAGAUAGUGUGUCAGUGUCAUUCGUGAAGGAGCAAAGAGGUAGGGAUGCGGAAGAAGAGAGGAAGAAACGGAGCGAAGAAAUGUUUGGGAUAGUGCCGAUUUGUGGGCCUCAGAGAAUGAGGCUUCAGGUACAAGUGAGCGACGAUGACGAUUGGAGCAAUAGAGGUGGAGCGGGCGAUAGAGGAUGCAAAGUGAGAGUACGGUUGUGCCGGGGGGCGACAUCGCGAGAUGAGCGGUUUGAGUGGGGAUGGUGGCGGGAGGCGGCGUUGGGACGUAUGGAGGGAUUGAGGCGAUGGCAGAAGAAUCAUGGUAUGUGUUCGCCAGACUUGCAUGCCGGGCACCGGAAUAUGACGUCAGGCAUCGUGAGUGUAAAGCCAAGAGCACACAAAACGGGUACAGAGGUUGAGAUGUGGUCGGGAUGGGAACCGUUUCGAAGCCAGCAAUGCAGAUUUGAGCUAGAAGGGGACAAAGUUCUUGCGAAAUUUGAAGUGAGCAUGCGACACGGUGAUCUCGUCGUUAGAAAGAAGAACAUUACGACAUCCCACACCCAAGCAGUCGGGGAGAGAAGCUUCACGGUGUACGAAGACAAUGACCGCGAGGCCUUACAAGACGGAUGUUUGAUAGUAAGAGAAGCACUGGUUGAUAAGUCGCCAGGUUGCUUGAGCUCAGUCAGGGCUGGAGUAUACGAAGAUGAAGGGUUUGCGAAGAACCUGCCAGCAAAAGGCGAAAAUGUUAUUGGGGAAGAGUUGGGCCAGGUCCAAAGAGCCAUUUUUCUGUUGAAGGUUGCUGCACUGGAGCAUGGUGAUAUGAACGCGUUGCAGAGAUGCGUGAAGCUCCUCACCGACUCGAGUGAGGAGAUCACAGAACACAUGAUAUUGACGAACAGGCGACGAGCUGGAGAAUUGGUGCUAGCUUUUUUCCACAGUGUUUUUGUGAGCAGAAAGGGGAGUGGCGGGGUCAAGGGGGGUGGAAGAGAGUUUGAAGCGUUGUUUUCAUUAUUGCAGGAGCUUGUGGAGAAAUCGGCUUUUGACAACUAUGUCGUGGAUGUGGUUCUGGGAUUUCUGAAAUGCGCAGUAGAUCUGAGUAUACCUGAGGAUGUACGAAGCUGCCUCGUAUGGAUGCGAAGGUUGAUAGCAAGAUCACUGAGAUUGGAUAAGUUGGAUUGUCUUUGUCGUAACUUUGAAGAAAUACUUGGAGCGGAACGAGGGCAAGGAGUGGCUAUCCGUCGGAAGCAGUUCUUCUUCAUGGACAGUGAGGUGACCGAGUACGACGUGUGUACUGUUAACAUUUUAGAAAAGACUCUUCUGGAACGCCGGAUUGAGGAGCAUGAUGAUGUCGGGGCGAUGAACGAUCUAGGACUGAUGCUGCAUAACGGCGCAGAAGGAGUAGAAGCCGAUGCGGUACGUGCAAUGGAGCUGUAUGAGCUUGCAAUAUCGAAAGGCAAUAAAAGCUCUGCGAUGAACAGCCUAGGUCGUUUGUUGGAGACCGGAGGGAAGGGGGUCGAGAAGGAUGCGGUACGAGCCAAGGAGUUGUUCGAGCGUGCAAUCAAUGAGCAUGGUCAUGUUUGGGCGAUGAACAGUCUAGGACUGAUGCUGCGUAACGGCGCAGAAGGAGUAGAAGCCGAUGCGGUACGCGCAAUGGAGCUUUAUGAGCUUGCAAUAUCGAAAGGCGAUGACGGCUCUGCGAUGAACAACCUAGGUUGUUUGUUGGAGACCGGAGGGGAGGGGGUCGAGAAGGAUGCGGUACGAGCCAAGGAGUUGUUCGAGCGUGCAAUCAAUGAGCAUGGUCAUGUCGGGGCGAUGAACAAUCUAGGACUGAUGGUGGAGGAGGGCGCAGAAGGAGUAGAAGCCGAUGCGGUACGCGCAAUGGAGCUUUAUGAGCUUGCAAUAUCGAAAGGCAAUGACGGCUCUGCGAUGUACAACCUAGGUUGUUUGUUGGAGACCGGAGGGGAGGGGGUCGAGAAGGAUGCGGUACGAGCCAAGGAGUUGUUCGAGCGUGCAAUCAAUGAGCAUGAUGAUGUCGAGGCGAUGAACCGUCUAGGAAUGAUGGUGCAUAAGGGCGCAGAAGGAGUAGAAGCCGAUGCGGUACGCGCAAUGGAGCUUUAUGAGCUUGCAAUAUCGAAAGGCAGGAACGGCAUCGCGAUGUACAAUCUCGGUAUCUUGCUGAGAGACGGGGCGGAGGGUUUGGAUUGCAAUUUGGUGCGCGCGGCUGAGCUGUUUGAGAUGGCCAUUGAAGAGAGCAACGAUACAGACGCAAUGGUGGAACUCGGAAAUCUGUUACGCGAUGGAGCGGAAGGAGUCGAGCGGGAUACAGAUCGUGCAUGCAGAUUGUACGAGAGGGCCAUCAAAGAGGACAACCAUUCCAAGGCUGUAGAGAAUCUUGCUGCGCUGCGCGAUGCUGAGAUGAAUGAGGUCACAGAAGACGGAGAUUGA